ACCGAGCGUCAGAAAGCCACGAGCCCGCAAAGAGCGCACAACUCUCUGUCCCCGUACCGGAUCGCGAACCUCAGUUCCAUCACCACAACCCGCCAUCAUGUCCAGCGAGGAGCUGGCCUGCAAGCUGCAGCGCCGGUUGAGACUUGAGGUGCGGGCAGAGACCGACCAGGGCGACCCCCAGCCUGCACCCUGCGAUGCCCCAGCCGGGCACCCGGAGCCUGAACCGCCUGCCCGGGCGCCCACAGCCAGCGCGGACUCCGAACUGAACCUCAAGCUGAGCCGCAGGCUGGACAUCCACCAGGGUACAGCGCGGCCGGGCCGCUCUAAGGUCUUCAAUCCCUACACCGAGUUCCCGGAGUUCAGCCGCCGCCUCCUGAAGGAUCUGGAGAAGAUGUUCAAAACGUAUGAUGCUGGAAGGGACGGCUUUAUUGACCUGAUGGAGCUGAAACUCAUGAUGGAGAAACUGGGGGCCCCUCAGACCCACCUGGGCCUGAAGAGCAUGAUCAAGGAGGUGGAUGAGGACUUCGACGGGAAGCUCAGCUUCCGGGAGUUCCUGCUCAUUUUCCACAAGGCUGCUGCUGGUGAGCUGCAGGAGGACAGUGGGUUGCUGGCACUGGCCAAGUUUUCCGAGAUUGAUGUCGCCCUGGAAGGUGUCAGAGGUGCCAAGAACUUCUUCGAAGCCAAGGCCCAGGCCUUGUCAUGUUCCAGUAAGUUCGAAGCUGAGUUAAAAGCUGAGCAAGAAGAGCGGAAACGGGAGGAGGAGGCCCGGAGGCUCCGCCAGGCAGCCUUCCGGGAGCUCAAGGCAGCUUUCAGCGCGUAGUCCUGCUGACCUGACCUUUGACCGCGGCUGUGCCUUACUAACACCCUGGAGGUGAUGACCAGGAUUUUUCACAUUUUUAUCCCUGCAGCCCUCUGCUCAGAUGACCUCCCCUUCACGGCCCAGGCCUGUUUCUUAGUGCUUCUGGAUAACCAGUAACUUGCUUUCGUCCUUCCCAGGGUCCUGGUCCCUUCCAAACGGUUUGCCAGCCAGCCUUUCCAGCCUUCACCCCUCUGCUGUUAUCUGUAGAUUCGUUUCUUCUUGGAAACCUUAUUUAUCCCUGCGGAGUCCUAUGUCAACUCCUGUUCAUCUACGGUUCUCAGAGGACAUGUUGCCUGUCGGCCCCGGGUAGUUUUUCCUUUGUGUUCCUUGUAUUGUUUCCUGGUCAGCGUCUGUCUGCCUUCUUGUUAUUACCCAGAUUCCAUUGACUUCUUUUUCACCGUCUUCCACGCUAGUGUGAUGAUGGGAUUUGAAGGAGCACUUGUGGAUCAAUACCAAUAUCCCCUCACCAACCAGGGACUAGUUUGAUGCUAUCUUUGCCUGUCUCUUGGCUCUUAACAAUGCCUACCCUCUUGUUCCCCCUCGUUCAUUUCCCAGUCCAGCCAUUUUCCCACUCCUAAGUUCUUUACUGUUAAGAAUGAGAGAAUCGUCAGAAGUAAUAUUAGUGAGUAGAAGGAUAGCUGUCACCCGACCCCAUUCAAAUCAGAGUGGACCUGUGAAACUCUCAAGUGACAUCCAAGGUCUUUUGAAAUCAUGACCAAAUUCCCGUGUCUGACAACAGUUCCAGAGAACUGAAAGAAAUGUAUUCUCGCCCAUGAGACAGAUUUUUGUAUCUUGAGUUUCUUGGGACUUCUCACAAAUACCUGGGGAGGGGGGUUAUGUAUUUUUUAACAAAACCAAAACCAAAAAUUCUUAAUGUCAUAUUUAUUUGACUUGUAACUUGUAACUCUUUUGUAACUGCUGUCUUUACAAUAAAGAAAACAUCUGCCCUUCUAUCUUAACAGCUGUUUACUUUUAAAUAAAACAUGCAAAUGAUCUUUGCCUUCAUA